AUGCUUGCGAUAACGGAAGAUAAUUUGAUAACUCCUGUUCCCAGUUCUUCGCAAGUCGUCUUCGAUGAAGAAAAACUGUUGAUCUAUCGGGAACUUUAUUAUGAUGGAUUUAGUUCAAUUAUCGCUGCUAGAGAUCUGACUACUGGGGCAGCUGUUGCAGUAAAAAAAAUCGAGUUCCGUUUUCUCAAACCAGCCCCUUUUCCGCUAGAGAACCUGAAAGAGCGUUAUGCGCGAAAGAUUAACCAGCAAGCGGCAAAAAUACGCGCUCUGACACCAAAUUCCGUGGUCAAGAUGAUGGAGUUUGCCAUCGAAUCAAAUCGUGUCACCAUUAUGACAGAAAUGUGCAUGUUUGGUGAUCUGUUCAACUGGAUGCUUCAACAGCCCCAAUUACGUAUCCGGGACAUAUGUUUGGUUGUGCAAAACAUUUUCCAGGCACUUCGAUUUUUACACUCACAGAACUACGUACACGGUGCCCUGUCUCCCACAACUAUCCUGUUCCAAUCCAUGUCACCCCAAUCGGUGACAAUUAUGCCGGAUUGUAGUGUUCGGUCUGAAGUUCUUCAGCUGGUUCGAAUAGAACCGCCAAUUAUGGACUGUUUCUCCCCGGAACAGUUAAAAGCAAUCGUAUCCGAACAACAGGCGGCCAAUUCAUUCGUGCCAACCGAAGCCUCGGAUGUAUGGAGUGUGGGGAUUAUUGCACACAUUGCAUUCACCGGUAAAGCACCAUUUAGGGGGACAAAUGCCUCGGAACUACUGGCAACGAUCGAGCGCGCCGAUGGGAAGACGAGUAACAAAAUAUUCUCAACUCUAAGCAGCCUGAUCCAGAAACAAAUUCACAAUGCUCUCUCCGUGGAUCCGGGAUCACGGACGACGGCGGACGAAGGAUCAGAGGUGUUCUGGUUUGAUGAUGAGCAUACGAAAAAUGAUAACCGGAAUAUUCUGUUAACCAUAGAAUACGAACUGUUGAACACAUGCAGACGUUAUCGGAAUCAAGGUAGACAAGUUUUCGAACGUGUAUUUCGGCAUGCCACAACUACAGUCAGUCAGAAACUUGCCACACAUUGCAAUAUUUUACCGGAAAGCUAG